GGACAACCUUGGGCGGGCCGCUUGACGUUAGUGACCUUUUGAAAUUCUGAAACAUGAGUCUUUGGGUGGAUAAGUAUACUCCCACAUCGCUAGGGAAGCUUGAUUAUCAUAAGAAACAGGCUAAAAACCUCAAGCAGCUGGUCGAUAGUAACAACUUUCCACACCUGUUGGUUUAUGGACCUUCAGGUGCUGGUAAACGAACUAGGAUUAUGUGUAUUUUACGUGAACUAUAUGGGUCAGGUGUCGACCGACUUCGGAUGGAACAUCACACUUUUGUUACACCUUCAAAUAAAAAGGUCAACCUAUCAACUGUGUCGAGCAACUUUCAUUUAGAAGUAAAUCCCAGUGAUGUUGGCAUUUAUGAUCGUAUUGUUAUUCAAGAAUUAAUAAAAAGUAUGGCAUCAACAGCUCAACUUGACAGUGGGCAACAGAAAGACUUCAAAAUAGUGGUAUUGCAUGAGGCUGAUCACUUAACACGUGAUGCACAACACGCACUGCGAAGAACUAUGGAAAAGUACAUUUCAACUUGUCGCUUAAUUUUGUCAGCUGAAUCUACUAGUAAGAUUAUUUCUGCUACGCGUUCACGAUGUUUGCCAAUAAGAGUUUCUGCUCCAUCUGUAGAUGAGAUUGUGGAAAUUCUUAAAAAUACUGCUCGUCGAGAAGGUCAUACAAUGCCAGUUGAGCUGGCGAAACGUAUUGCAAUAUCAUCUGAAAGAAAUCUUCGCAGAGCUCUUUUAUACGCUGAAGUGGCUAAAUGGCAGCACUCUCCUAUGCUUCCAGAUCAAAGUGUGCAAUUACCUGAUUGGCAGGUUUUUAUCUCUGAAACAGCUGCAGCUAUUUUAGUAGAACAAAGUCCGAAAAAAAUAUUAGAAGUUCGAAACCGAUUGUAUGAGUUGUUAUGCCAUUGUAUCCCGCCAAAUGUUAUCAUGCGAGGUUUAGUAGAUAAUUUAUUGAACUCAUGUGAUCGUAAUUUGAAGCUGGAAUUGGUUCAAUUGGCUGCAGAAUAUGAGCAUCGAUUAAAUCUAGGCCAAAAACCAAUUUUUCACUUAGAAGCAUUUGUAAUUGCUUUUAUGGCAAUCUAUAAACGUUAUGUUGAAGAUGCUCUAGGUUCUGGAAUGGAAUGGUGAGAGAAAGAAGUAAUAGGAUAUGACUGUCAUGUAUCUAAGAUAUACUAAUUUGCAUUUACAGAGUUUUAUUAAUAAUAAAACAGUUCUCGAUAUAACUUUUUUUUUUGUUGACAAAAGUUUUGAUUGUAAGUUGAAGUAAUUCAGGAGUAUUUGUUCGUUAUGUGGAGAAUUUUUGAAUUUUUCUUGAACUUCCAAUAAUUUCUUGUUGUAGACUUACUUUAGAAGUUAUUACUAUUUGUUGAUAUACUUGUAAUUCUCAGUUGUGUUACUGGAACUCUACUAGUAUAUGAACUCCUAUGUGAAUGCCUCGAUAUUUUCUGAAUGUUUUUAUUGUUCUAAUUGACUUGGUUGUGACUCACAGCCGAAUCCAGAAUGCGCGUUUCACCCUAUUUGGGACUCGUUGGCUGGAUGUAGCCGCACCCCAAUGAGUGAUUUUGUUCCGUGUGAGGCUGUAACCUCGUACCCAUCGCUUCAAACGCAAACCUGUUAUUUACUAGGCAACCAAAUCAUCACAAUGAAUAUUCAGGCAAUAUCGAAGCAUCUGCAAAGGAGCCCAUUUACCAACAGAAGUCGACCAAUUCGAUCCUGUAUAACAAUAGAGGAUUACAAGUAUCACCAGAUAAUAAUAACUAAUACAUGUUGAACAAGAGGCGGUUGUCAUGCCCCAGUGACUGGAUAACGCGAUGGGUAUGAUGUUCGAGUCUGAAUGGGAACAAUAUCACUCACUGGGGAGCAGGUACGUUCAACUGAUGAUUCUCAAAUGAGACGAAACGUGCAUCCUGGACUCCACUGCUAGCCAUAACCAAGUUAAUUAUUACUUUAGAAGUAUGAGGUUUUUU